GAUAACGUCGAUGACGACGACCCCCCGGACGUCAGGCCAAUACGCCAGUUCCACAAUCACAAGUCAGUAGUCACAACAUAUUUUGCCGUAGCACACGGAACAUUGUAGUUGUCGGCUUGUCGCCAGUCGCUCCAUUGAAUGCACGGACGUCGUCAUACGAUAGCAGUAAUAUCAUUUGGUUUUAUCAUACUCUGGCGAUAACCGACGCGGCGUCGCAUUCGCUUUUUAAUUUCACCCAACGACUGUGAAAACAAUUCAUCGACAGCAUCAGUGGUGGUUCAGACCUGUUCGCGACCCGUUUUCAUCCCGUUUGUCGACGGACCCGUACACACUCGCCCCUAAGCUCCACCCGCCCACGCACGACCGCCCUCUUCGACCAUGUCUAUGGGAGAUAAAGUUACAAAUCUUUGGAAAAGAGCCAGCGAUGAAGGAGAAAAUAGGGAUGAAAUUCCUUGGCAUCUAAAAUAUGGUAGCAGAACAUUGGGGACAUUUGCAGGCAUUGUUAAUUUAUUCACUGGUAUUUGGAAUGGAUUGGGAUUAAUUUUUUUAAACACAGAUUGUUUAUUUGGUGGAAUUAUACAAUUGCUUCUUGGUAUGUUACUAAUUGCAUUAGAAGCACCUUUUCUUUGUGUGUUUAUCGAUUAUAUGCAGAAAGUCAGUGAUGUUGCUGAAAAUAAACCUUACUGGACUAGAGCUAUUUUAUAUGCCGGGCUAUCGUUAAUACCAAUGCUUCUAUGUUUUGGUCCAAGUACAUUGAUAGCCAGUGCUUUAGUAUUUUGUACUGGUUUAUUGUAUGGUCUCAUGUCAGUUGGGAAAAAAGGAUCUAGGGAAGAUAUGGGAGCUAUUGCUUCUCCUGUUGAUAACGUCUCACAACCCAUGGGCGGACAUCACACAACUUUAAUGGAAGAUCCAGAUGUGUGGCGUCCCACUUAAGGCAAACUGAACUAAAUAUUUAAAGUGUAUUAUUGCUGCUUAUACUGAGCACCAGCAGAACAAAUGAAAACAACUGCAUCCACAUUAGAGCCAUGAGACAUAUAUCACAUUAGUGAAAUAUAAACAUAUGAGUAUAAUACCUUAGAAUUCACUAAAACCAAUACAAUGUAUUGGUUUUCUAGUGAUUUUAUGACUACCACUAUCCAAAUGCAUUCCAAUACACCAUGGUCUCCUAAUUGAUGAUACUCAUUUAUCUAUGGUAAUCAAGUUCAACAAAAUUAAAAAUUGAUUCACUAUGCAUCUUUCUUCAGAUGUAUUGAUGCCCAUUAAUAGUAUCCCUUUACAUUUCACACCAUUCAAAUCUAUGUUAGGUUUUCACAUAUAUAUCUAAUAACCUUAAAUAAGAUUAUCUUUAUAUUUAUUCUAUUUUAAUCUUAUUACAUGCCAUUAAUAUACAUUAAUUUAGUUGUCAUGAUUUUAAAUGGGAUUAUUGAAAUUUUUACAACUAAAAUAUAAAUAUAACAAUUAAAA